AUUAGAAUGAUGACUGGUUCAGACUCGCCUCAAGAGAAGAACGCGAAGGGGGAGGAGACGAUUGAGCACCUUGAGAGAGCUCCGGCGGAUUUGACACCAAGUGAGACCGAGAAAGGACACACUCCUGUCCGCGUAGCGAGCAAUGUGCCAGUCAUUCAUGAUAAGAUGUCAUGGAAGUUCUUCGGAAUUGUCCUCUGCAUGUCAUUCCUCUGGAUCGGGUCUCAGAUUCCAUUGUAUCUCUUCGGAUCGGUGCUUCCGAUCAUCUACCAAGAUGUUGGAGGUGUGGAUCGAUACACUUGGUUCGUCAUUGGCUACCUCAUCCCCAAUGCGGCUCUGUGCCCCUUCGUUGGUGCGCUGUCAGAUUUGUGGGGGAGACAGAAGGUGGCUAUCGUGGGCCAAUUGUUCCUCAUCCUUGGGCCGAUUGUCACGGCUACGGCUCAUACGAUGAACAUUGCUAUUGCUGGGCAGGUCUUUUCAGGCUUAGGAGCCGGUCUCAACGAACUCAUUGCUCUAGCCGGAAUGGCUGAGGUCGUUCCCGUCAAGGAUCGAGGCAAAUGGGUUGGCUUCAUUGUGCUUACCAUCCUGCCCUUUUGUCCUUCUGUGCUGUAUGCUCAACUCAUCGCGAAAGAAAGCAACUGGCGAUACAAUGGUAUCUUUGUCGGGGUGUGGAACUUCGUCGGACUACUCUUGUGCAUCUUUUGCUACCACGACCCACCUCGCCUUACGUCCGAGUAUACGGCGAAGGAUGUUUUACGCCAGGUUGACUACAUUGGGGGGCUUUUGAGCACGAUUGGUGUCACUUGUUUUAUGAUGGGCCUCCAAUGGGGUGCUUCUCAGUAUCCUUGGGGCAGUGCACAUAAUGUUGCACCCUUCGUGGUUGGCGUUGUGCUGAUCAUUGCGUUCUUCGUAUGGGAAGGGUGGUUUGCUCCAUAUCCCAUGGCUCCAAAAGGUCUGUUCAGCAAGUCGAAGAAGACUAUGACGUUUAUUCUUCUCAUCACAUUCUUCUCUGGAGGAAACUACUUCGUCAUGUUGCUUUUCUGGCCAACUCAAGUGUACAACGUCUAUGGGGAUGAUCCCGUUGGUAUUGGCAUUCGCUCUCUGCCAGUCGGCUUUGGUAUUAUUGCUGGAGCAGCCAUCUGUCUCAUCCUUAUUCCCAUAACACAAGGCCGUGUCAAGGCUCUUAUGAUCUUUUUCACCGCCUUGAUGACUGCAGGUACCGGAGCCAUCUCCGUCUCCAAUCCCGACAAUUUGAAUACGAUGUACGCCAUUGUCACCAUCUCCGCGAUCGGCGUAGGGGGUGUCAUUAUCCCGUCUUCAAUCAUCGCACAGAUUGCCUGUCCAGACGACCUACUUGCCACUAUAACUGCGAUCACAUUGGCUAUCCGAUACAUUGGAGGCGCCAUAGGUUUCGCCGUCUACGCCAACCUCUUCUUCCGCAAGUUCACUGAGUACGCAACGGAUACCGUCGCGAUUAAAACCAUCGUGUUGCAAGGUAUCGUCGCGCCAACAGAACUUCCUCUAAUCGCGCACAUGGUAGAACUUGUUGGAAAUGCAAGAUUUGCCGAAUUGAAAGAGAUCAUGGCAAAUAGCCCAGCAGUAUUGAGGCGCGACGCAUAUCCGAUCAUCAUCCGAGCCGCACAGGAAGCAUUUGCAUUGGCAUAUCGGUUCCCUUAUUGGAUUAGCAUCGCCUUUGGCUCCAUCUGCUUCAUCCUCAGCUUCUUCGUUGAGGACAUUGGAACGCUCUUGACUAAUCAGGUGGCUGCGCCGGUCUAAGGGAUCCUGGUUUUCAAGGACCGAUCAUCGAUUGCUGACUGUUGUCAUGGAUGAUUUGGGCCUCCACCUUGAGGCGUAAAUUCGG